ACCACUACAAACAACCCCACAUCUUUUUCCACUCUCUUUCUCUCAAACUUAAUUCAACUUUUCCCAUCAAUAUUUUCUCUCUCUUUCUCUAACAAAAUCAUGAAUGAUCAAGAACUACUCACAGUCAGAGAAAUCAAACCCAAAAACAGAAGAAUCAUGGGAGGAGGAGGUCCUGAAGAUCAUGAGGAAGAUGAAGAUGGUGAAAAUAUAAAGUGGCCAACAUGGGUGCGUCCUCUUCUCCAAACGAGCUUCUUUGUUCAAUGUAAACUUCACGCUGAUGCCCACAAGAGUGAAUGCAACAUGUAUUGCUUGGACUGUAUGAAUGGUGCUCUUUGUUCUCUUUGUCUGGCAUUUCAUAAAGACCACAGGGCAAUUCAGAUAAGGAGAUCAUCAUACCAUGAUGUGAUAAGAGUAGCUGAGAUUCAGAAAUACAUGGAUAUAACAGGAGUUCAAACAUACAUAAUCAACAGUGCCAGAAUCGUAUUCUUAAACGAGAGGCCUCAGCCAAGGCCUGGUAAAGGCGUCACCAAUACCUGUCAAGUUUGUGACCGCAGCCUCCUUGAUUCCUUCUCUUUCUGCUCUCUCGGUUGCAAGAUUGCUGGGUCAUCAAAGAAUUUUCAGAAAAGAAAAAUGUGCAAUGAAAUCAAUGGCUUGGAUGCCAUUAGCCAUGGAAAUGCAAAGACGAAAAUACAAAGUUUCACACCAUCAACGCCACCACCAACCGCCAUUAGUUUCAGAGCAGCCAAGAGAAGAAAGGGGAUUCCACAUAGAGCUCCAUUGGGAGGUCUUAUCAUACAAUACUGAGAAAUACUUGGUCAAUCUCUCAACAAUACACCCAGAAACAUGGUAAAUUCUAGAAUUCUGGCAGCGUUUUACAUAUUCUGUCAAAAAAAAAAAAAA